AUGCCCCGAACAAUUAUGUCUACAAAGAGGGAUAGGAAGAGAAAGACGUGGAGCUCCGAUCAGAUGACAAGGGCAGUUGAAGCUGUACGCACUAGGUCUGUGGGUUUUACAAAGGCAGUGAAAAGUUUUGGUGUGCCAAGAACUACUCUAAGAAGGCUCGUACAUAAUACUGAGUUGUCGCCAGAGCUAGUUGUGCAGAAGCCCUUAGGUAGAAGGCCUGUGUUGCCACCUUACCUAGAAGAAAAAUUAGUGGAAUAUAUAUUGCACAUGGAGCAAAUAUUUUAUGGCUUAACUCGAAUGGAUGUCAGAAAAAUAGCCUACCAGUUGACAGUUCAAAACAAUAUUCCCAAUCCUUUUAAAAAUGAUAUAGCAGGUCGAGCAUCGUUGGAUCAUUUUCUUAAAAGAUACAAACAUCAGUUGUCUCUCAGAAAACCUACGGGAACCUCUUAUGCACGAGUUCAAGGUUUUAAUCCAGCAGCAAUAAAUAAGUUUUUUGAUAUUUUGGAAGCCGAAUACAUAAAAUGCCAAUACCCCGCAGAUCGCAUCUACAAUGUAGAUCAAACAGGCAUCACCAUUGUACAAACAAAAAUACCAGCAGUAGUGGGUCGAAAGGACAAAAGGCAGAUCGGAGCUUUAACUGCUGCAGAACGCGGUUCGUUGAUAACCAUAGUUAGUGCAAUGAGCGCUGGAGGCACUUUCAUACCGCCAAUGAUGAUAUUCCCCAGGAAGAAUUUUUCAGAUGUUUUAAUGAAAGGAGCGCCCCUGGUGCACUUGGAAGGGUACAUCCUUCGGGAUGGAUUCAAACCAAUUUAUUUACUGAAUGGUUUGAGCAUUUUUUAG